UGAAAAAAGAUAGGUGAGGUGGGCCGUAUAAUUGGAGUCCAUUUUUACUUAAAAUAAAUAAUCAAACGCCUCCUUAUCUGGAAAAAAUAAAAAUAAAAUAAACCUCUCUCCCACUGACAUUGGUAAAGAGGCAGAGGAAAAAAAAAAAAAGACUGUUCAUCCUCGUCUUCCCCAAGAAAAAAAAAAAUCAGCCAUGAAAAUGAAGAAGAAAGGAAAAGUUUACCCAUCUCCUCCUCCUCCUUCAUCAUCGUCUUCUUCUUCUUUCUCGUCUCACCAUCUCAACGAAAACGACUCUCUCUCUUUCCUCAGGCUUCUCCCUGCGGCGAUUUUGGUUCUAGUUUCGGCUCUCUCUGGGGAAGACCGUGAAGUUCUAGCUUACUUAAUCACAAGAGGAACCACCAUUUCCGCUAGAGGAGGAAGCUCUUCUUCUUCUUCUUCUUCUGCUUCUGUUGAAUCGAAGAAGAAGACGACGAAGAAGAACAAAUCCAGCAAAAAUCACAAACCUCCUGUUUUCGAUUGCGAGUGUUUCGAUUGUUACACGAACUACUGGUUCCGAUGGGAUUCCUCGCCGAACCGUGAGCUAAUCCACGAAAUCAUCGAGGCUUUCGAGAAUCAUCAUCUCACUAUCGGCGGCGAAAACUCAACUUCCAGGAACAAAUCCAAGAGAGCUAAGAAGAAAGAGAAAUCCAGUCGUCUGGUCGGUGAUAAGGAGGAUAAACCCGUCGUCGAGGUCGAGCCAGAGACUGAAUCCAUAGUUUCCGAGAGCUACGUGUCGUCUCCAGAUAACUCGUCGGGAAGAUUGAUUGAAGCUGAGGUGGUGGAACGAGAGCCGCGGGAAGUGGAGGAGGUUGUCGAAGAAGAAGAAGAAGAAGAAUCGACGGUGGUUUUUCCGGCGGCGGAUGCGACUGAGCACAAGGGAUUAGCGAGGAAGGUACUACCGGACGUGUUGGGUCUUUUCAAUUCCAAUUUUUGGAGACUUUGGAAUCCGAACGCGUAAAAGCAUCGACCAAAAGUUAUGCUUCUUUUUUCUCUGUUUUCAGAAUGAAAAAAAAAAUAAUCCAAUCCCAAUUUCCAUGCUUUAUUUUUUUCUUCUUUGUUCUAAAAAUAUAUCACUGUUUGGUUACGUUUAAAAUUCUUGGUUGAAAAAAAAAUGCAGGCAUUAGUUCU